GGGUCCUCUUUAUUUAUGUCCUCUGAUGCCCGCAAUUGUUCAUUACAGAGUGAAACCCCCCCCCCCCCCCCCAAAUUCCCUCCUCCUGAACAACCUCUAAAGUCAGUCUCGUACUGUAGGAAGAAGGCCUAUUUACAUCAAUAGUCUUCAUUUGUUCUAUAUCUACUUGUUAUCAUUAUCAUCGCAUACUACUUUCUUUAAGGUUGGCUUGCUUCUUGUAACCCUUGCCCGUUCUCUCCGUGAGAUCCCUCAGAUAUCUCCUACAUAUUGUAGUAAUUAAUAGCCUUACCUCCUGUUCCUGAGCUGACUAGUCCAAUGGGAUCGCGUUCUAACUUUAUCCACCCACCAACUUUUGAUACCUCGCAUUAGUGUACUCUAUUACUCCGUCGCUAUGAGAUCGUGUCUCUGGCCAGCCCUCGCGGCAUUGGUGCUGGCCCUCGUCCAAGCUUCGACUUUGACGCCUCCUGUACUGCCGCUCGUCGUACGGAACCCAUACUUGAGCAUAUGGCUUGCUCACGCUCGGGAAGCCCCAUGGAAACAUUGGCCAAUGUUCUGGACUGGCAGCACUGUGGGCUUUGCUGUCAUGGUCGCAGUCCCUGAAACUAAAACCGUGUACCCUCUGCUUGGACGCUCGCAGGAUUUCUUGAGACGUUCUUCCAGCUAUAAUGUAUCAUUUCCCCAGUAUGAUGGCGCCACCUUCGAUGCAUCUACUACGAACCUCACGUAUACUCUCCGAGAUUCCGACGUGAAAAUUACUCUUUCGUUCCUGUCUCCUAUCACGCCUACAUCUACUCUUAGACAGUCCCUACCAGCGGGGUACUUAACUUGCACUGUUGAGGGCUCUACCGAUGUCAAUAUUUACAUGGACGUAAAUGGAGAAUGGGCCAGUGGUGAUCGAGAUAAUAAGAUUGAGUGGGAUUUUGCCCUAACUGAGAAGAGCGGUAGUGCAAAGACACCUAUUAAGACAUGGAGUAUAACACGGCGCCAAGAGCAACUUCUGACCGAGUUUUACGAUCAUGCCGAAUGGGGGACCAUCCACAUAUCUGCUCCGGCCGACGUCGAACACCAAUCUGGCGAGGCCAACUACAUUCGGCGUCAAUUUGCCGAGCACAAGUCGCUGAAGAACAAGAUCGACGACGCUUAUCGUGGGAUCUUUGAAGACGAACCCGUUUUCGCCUUUUCAAAGAACUUCAAGCUUAGCACCGGGUCAAAUAGUUCACACGGAGUCUCCAAAGACAGCGUUGUUUUCACCUUUGCCCUUACUCAAGACCCCGUUGUUCAAUUUGCCUCAGCUAGAGGCUUAACUCUUAUGCGUCCCUUGUGGGCUUCUUACUUUUCAUCUGCCCAGAAAAUGGUACAGUACCAUUACGAUGACUACGACACGGCCGUCUUUCUUGCCAGAAACUACUCCGAGCAACUCGCUAAGGACGCGUACGCCUCAGGCUCUCAGGACUACCAAGAUAUCGCAGCGUUGUCAGCUCGCCAAGUGCUCGGGGCAACACAAUUUUCUGGAGUCCCAGACAGCCCAAUCAUUUUCUUAAAAGAAAUCUCUUCGAAUGGCAACUUCCAGACUGUGGACGUUAUAUUCCCGGCGUUCCCCUUUUUCUUGUACACAAAUCCGCAAUGGUUGGCAUAUCUACUGGAACCUCUCUUAGAACAUCAACUAAGUGGCCAAUACCCCAAUGAUUAUAGCAUGCAUGAUCUUGGCUAUCACUUUCCAAACGCGACUGGGCAUAGUGAUGGUAAUGACGAGUACAUGCCUGUCGAGGAAUGUGGAGAUAUGUUAAUCAUGGGUCUGGCGCUUAUUAAUGCCUUGAGAGACGAUACGCAGCCCGCGUUCGUCCGGACGGUGCCAGAACAAACCCAAAAUUUAGGCAUAAAACCUACGAAUAGAUUGCCUUUAGUUGAUGUUUACGGGAUGGACCGCACUUGGGAUGAUCUGGGUACAACUGGAGAAAAGGUGGCAGCAAAAUGGGCAAGCCGCUCAUACAAACUAUGGAAGCAGUGGACAGGUUAUCUUGUCCGAGAGUCGCUCAUCCCCGCGAACCAGCUAUGUACCGACGACUUUGCUGGCUGGCUGGCUAACCAGACGAACUUGGCAUUAAAGGGCAUCAUUGGCAUCAAGGCGAUGAGCGAGAUUGCUAGCGUCGUCGGCCAGGAAGCGGAAGCUAAGUGGUACAGUCACGUGGCCGACGAGUAUAUCGACAAGUGGCAGGACUUUGGGCUAUCCAGGGACAAAACGCAUGCGAAGCUCGCAUACAACUGGUACGGAUCGUGGACGACAAUCUACAACAUCUUCGCCGAUGCACUGCUUUGCUUCCACCUGCCUUCGGAUAGGUCAUCAUCGCUUGGAUCAAGCAGAUACUGGAGCUCGGAGCAAUUACCCAUAGGUGCUGGAGCGGAUUAUAAACCCAAAUCAAAAUUUAUUCCGGAUGCGAUCUACCAAAUGCAUAGCGAUUGGUAUCAUGCUGUGCUGCAGAAAUAUGGGUUGCCUCUCGAUAGCCGCCAUUUAUACACCAAGAGCGACUGGGAGUUCUUCGCGGCGGCUGUAACGAGCAAGCAAGUGCGAACUGAAAUAUUACAGUCUGUUGCGAAAUGGGUUAAUGAGACAGCAACUGACCGACCACUUACGGACCUUUACGAGACAGAAGGUGAAGGAGGGUUUCCCGGACCGAAUUUCAUGGCUCGCCCGGUUGUAGGGGGUCAUUUCGCAUUCCUCGCGCUAGAGAGAGCAUGCGGGGGCAAAGCAUCGGAGGGACUAUAUUUUCUAGAUGAGGUUGCACCAGUGAAGAUAGAUGUUGAAAAGGCAUUGAUGGCCGACGCGGUUGAUGAUCAGAAUGAAGACGGGCUCAGUAUGGGUGAAUUGUAAUAAGUGCCACCCACAUGAAUGAUAUUACAUGCUACCAUGUAACUAGGCCUAUAUUCUAGUAUAUGUAUAUUAUAUGUAAUCCAUGUUAUCUUAUACUACUACAUCUACUAGUACUUAGACCAUGCCUAAGAGGCUAGGACCUUAGGUCGGAAGUAGGUCCUACAUAUUAUGGAUGUAUGUAUUCAUCUUAUGACUUUUGCAUGGUACUACCUACUAGUUACUAGUAGUAUACAUUGUAGGACCUAGGUUACAUAUGUAGUACUAUGUAGGAUGUACAUCUGUUGAUGAAACACUUCAAGAUUGCAACAUCUGUAAUCCACAUAGUGCCUGCCUACUAUAUUAAUGCAUGAAGACACACAAGUUCGAAUUAUAAACAAGAAGUUCCCCGGAAGGGUCGGCUUGCGUAAAUACUGCUAGAUACAUAUUAUAGGUAAUAAUAGAUUGCUAGUCAUAGUCUCAAAAGCCACACCACCCC